AUGGGUAUAAUUUUAUGUGACAGACACUUACCAUUUCAACAAAUUCUAGCCACAGGAGUCGGCACACCUCUUGGUUCUGAGGGUAAGAAGAGCAGCUCGGUCUGCCAGGUAAAAGGCGUGGACAGCAUUUUUCCGCCCUUCGACCAAUUUUGUUCGCUGUUCUGGCUGGUGCACGAGAGUCCGAAGUCGUGCAAGGGGAUCAGCCAGACGGAGUGCAAGUACAUCGAUGACAGCAUCUGGGAGGCCCAGCCAGAGGACACUGGUCGCACCCCGUUCCUGGCCUUCGCCAGGUCGCGCUUCUUCUGGGCCAUCAUGGUGGCCCAUGCCGGGCAGAACUAUGGCUACGAGACACUGAUGACCAUGCUCCCGACCUACAUGGACCGCAUCCUCGGCGUGGAUCUCAAGUCCAACGGUGUGCUCUCAUCGCUGCCCUACCUGGCCAUGUGGGUGAUGGCCAUCGUAUUUUCCAUUGUGGCGGAUCGACUCAUUCGCCGUCGCCUCUCCAUUACGACCACGCGGAAGAUCAUGAACAGCCUCGGGCAGUACGGACCGGCAGUGGCCCUCAUUGUGGUGGGUUACCUCCAGCACAGCCUCGUCCUCACCAGCGCCGUGUUCGUGCUGGGCCUCGGGCUCAAUGGGGCCAUCUACUCGGGCUUCAAGAUCAACCAUUUGGAUCUGUCGCCCCGCUUUGCCGGCCUCCUCAUCUCCAUCACGAACUGCGUCGCAAAUUUGGUUGGCCUCACCGCUCCCAUGGUCGCCGGCCACGUGAUCCACCUGGUCCCCAGCAUCGAGAACUGGCGCAUUGUCUUCCACAUUGCCGGCGGUGUUUACAUCUUCAGUGCCACCUUCUAUAAUCUCUGCGCCAGUGGCAAGCCGCAGUGGUAAAGAACGACGAAU